AAAACCAUGUAUUACGUCGUUCGAAACUUCUGCUGUGAAGAAGUUAAUUAUAACACAUUAAAAAACAAAAACAGGAGAAUGCUAAUAAAUAUAGAAAAUAAACUGCAUAAUUUCAUUUCCAUCAUAAUAUCACCUGGAUUGAAUUAAAAUAUGGACUUGAGAGUUAACGGAUCUCACAUUCAUUUUAAUUUUCGUUAGUUUUGUUUUAAUAAACAAAUCUGUAUUAAAUAAACAGCAGCGACGAAGAUAAUAAUUGCCCCUACUGUAUACAAGUCACGUAAUAUCGCGUAAUAUCUCAUCACUAACUUCAGGAUGCCAAUAACGUUAUAUCACUAUAAACCAAUCAGCUGAACUGUUUCUUGUACAUUUAGGUACCCCUCAUAUGCAGGUCACAACCUCUGACCUUUAAGUUGGUUGCUUAUCCGAAAGAAAAUCAUUGAAUGUGAUUCGAUUUAUAAGAAAGUUAUAGAGAAUGACAUAGAAGGGUAGGUGUGAGAAGCUGAAUCUAACCAGUUUGGACAUAAAAAAGGUGGUUAAUAGCAACUGAUGUCCUCAGUGGAGGAGGCCAAGCAGCAGUCACAAAUCAAGACUGCCCAAACUACACCCACUAAUCGACCUUCAGAUGCAACCAGUGCUGCCAGCAGCUGUGUAGUUGAUGACAACUCUGACCUAGUGCCACAGCAGCAGCAGCGGCAGAAGCGGCAGAAAGCAAAAGCUUCUGCUGAUGGUGACAACAGGAAAGCAGAAACUAUUGUUGCCAUGGAAGCAGGCAGCAACCUUACUGAAAAUGUCAUUCAUGUGAUUAGCCCUACUGCUGUGGUCGCUGCAUCUGUUGACUCUUCAACCAAUAGUGCUGUCACAGUUACACCCAGCGUUCACACCAUCACUAUAUCUGGUAACAAUUUGUCAAUUCCAUUCAGUUCUUCAUUGGCCUCCUCCACCCCCAAUGGUACCCAUAUGGUUAUGUCUCAAGAAAUAGCUGCAAAAUUGAAGGAUAGCACACUUCCUGCUGGCCAGAUUGUACAGGUGCCUGCAGCUGCUGUGACUGGUGUAGAUUGGGCUAACAAGCUUAAGGAAUUGCAACAUACUCAAAGACUGGAGCGUUUACGAGAAGAACAACAGGCUGUCAGGGAUAAACUGACACAAAAACAGCAAUUUGAACAGAAUUUCAAGCCUUGCAUUGUUUGUGGGGACAAAGCAUCAGGCCGUCACUAUGGUGCAAUUAGUUGUGAAGGAUGCAAAGGUUUCUUUAAAAGAAGUAUUCGGAAACAGCUGGGCUAUGCCUGUCGGGGUAACAAAGAUUGCCCAGUCACAAAAAUGCAUCGUAAUCGCUGUCAGUUUUGUCGUCUACAGAAGUGCCUUGCAGUUGGCAUGCGUUCUGAAUGUCCAAGUAUCACCAGCUCACCCAGUGUCUACUCCAGUUCCACCACUGAUGGGGCACCCUAUAAUUGCUACAAAAUUGAUUCCCAGAGUCUAAAAAGUGCGUCCCACCCCAAAGACGCUUGGUCCCAAUUUCAAAUUCCAGCUGUUCAGCAAGAAAGAAAGCCACCUGAUUCUGAGAAGAAAGCUCCUACAGCUAUGGCUACUUCAACUCAGAGAAUCUAUAUUCGCAAAGAUCUAAACAGUCCAGCUGCUGCAAUUCCCAAUUUUUCCAAUCGUAUAUCUGAAAUAGAGGAUGAAGAAAGUAAAUCAAAUGAGAAUUUACUUGCUAAUCUCCAGGAGAGGUUAAUCCAUACUGAUCAUGGUACUAUGGUUUUAAGUUCGACUCUUACUCAAAAUUCUCAAAAAUCUAACAAUACAGCUGCCAAUCUUAUUUCAGAUCUGAGUACUCUUGCUAGUGUAGUUACCACAUUGGCUGCUAUGGGAAAAAAUGGUGCCCAAGAAUCAACAGAUCCAAAUAGUAGUUCUGGGACAUCUACUGCUGCUAGUAGCAGCAGUAAUAGUAAUGGACAUGUUUCAUCUCCAGGAGAAAGUGCUGAUUCUGUAGUUAAAGCCUUUGACACACUUGCCCGAGCAGUGCACCAUCCACAAUCACAAAGCCAAGAAACUCAGACAGGCUUGUCACAGGGAGAGAAUGCAGAGUCAGAUGAACCAGUUUUAGAAAUAGAAGGUAAUCUUCUAUCUGCAACAAACUUCCUUUUUAAUCUAAAUACGCCAUCACCAAUGCCUGCCUAUUUGAAUGUCCAGUAUAUCUGUGAAAGUGCUUCACGACUGCUGUUUCUCUCAAUGCACUGGGUCCGCUCAAUACCAGCUUUCCAACUCCUCAAUGCAGAUACUCAGAUGCUUCUUGUACGGAGUUGUUGGUGUGAAAUGUUUGUACUUGGUCUUGCUCAAUGUUCCCAAGCAAUGUAUCUGUCCACAAUACUUGGAGCUAUUCUAAAUCAUCUACAAUCACCAUUGUCAUUUGAUAAAAACAACAGUGAACGAGCCAAAUUGGUCACAGAACACAUAAUUAAACUACAGAGUUAUGUUCACACAAUGGAGAAUCUUCAAGUUAACAAUACAGAAUAUGCUUAUUUAAAAGCCAUGACAUUAUUUUGUCCUGAUAAUACGUGCAAAGGAAGCAAGCAAGUGGAGCGGUUUCAAGAAAAGGCCCAUAUAGAACUGCGGCAUCAUAUCCAAGAACUACAUCCACAAAAUCAAAACAGACUCUCAAAAUUACUUUUACGUUUACCGCCACUGCGUUCAGUUAACCCAAGCAUUAUGGAAGAAUUAUUCUUCUCUGGUUUAACUGGUAGUGUUCAGAUAGACAGCAUAAUUCCACACAUUCUCAGGAUGGAAACAGCUGAAUACAAUUCUCAGAUGGUUGGUCAAUGUGCACCAGAAAUGACAGAACCUUCGGCUGAAACAGAAAUAUCUGCUACCAGUAAUUCAAGUACAUAGUCUAAUAUGAGACUUGUGGAUUAGGACACUGUUAAAAAGAAAGUUAAUUAUCAGUUUGGGAACUGAAUUGCUCUGUAGGUUGCGUUUUACAUCUGAAUCAAAGAGUUCUAGGAAAAUACCAAUCACUAACUCAGCAAACAUCUCUCUUUGUGAAAAAAAAGAAGCUAACUGUUAGUGGAUGUGGUAUGGCUGCUUAUGGGACAGUGUAAGCCUCAGAAGCAUAGGCUCUUUUCAUAUGACAGGCUUUAUUUAUUUUUUUUUCUUUGUAUAAAUUUUGGGGUUAUGUAUAUUUGUUAGAAAUUUUAGUUAUAGGAGGAAUAAUCCCAAUGAACAUUAUGUAGAGAAAACUAGCCUAUUUUUCUUUAGACUGUGAUAUUCAAGCAAAUAAUUACUCUAGACUGAGGUAGCUUCAUAACAGGAUUUUGUAAGGAUGCCUUAAUGUUGCAACUAGCCUAGAUGACUAACUGUUUAUUUUCGUUAUUCUUCAGAUGAGGAUGUAAUAUUUUAGCUGCUUUUAUGUUGGCUUAUCAGUUCUCAGCAACAUGUCUCUUAACUUUGUCAUCUUCACAGAGGGGUUUCAUUUAUCUGCCAUUGUACAAAUGAGGGUCUAAAAAUGAAAAUAUAUUUAUAGUUAUGAAAGAAAAUCUGAUCCUAGUUGGUGCAUUUGUGAAAAUACAAAACAAAAAAUUUCGAGAGGAAGAGAAAAAAAGAUCUUGAAGGUAUAAUAUUAAUAUAACUUUUUCUACGUAUGAAUGAGAUUUGUCACACUUUCAUCUAUUUACUAAACAUUUUUAUUUACUCAUCAUUUUCAUCUCCAAGUUCAUCAGUUAUCAGCAACAUUAAUCUUCAUUUCCAUUCAUUGAUUUGUCUUGUACACAAAACCUUAGCUUAAUGUUAAGCUACAUUGACAAUAUUUAUUCAUUCAUUUAUUUUAAAUUAAAAAUUAGCAAAAAUUUAUUGUAUUUUUAUCUAUUGUAUGAUUGUAUAGUUAGGUACUCUAUUUUAGCAAACCAUCAACGAGUUUUCAUUUAGUCACCUAUUUUUAUAGCAGUUUAUAAAAAUCUAUUUUAACUUCAACGUUAUUUUGAGGAAUUGAUUGCUCUGAUAUGAUGGUAAACUUGAUUAAAACAACAGAAAGUUAAUUCAUUAGUAUGAUUUAAUAACAUGCGAAAUUUGUGCAAAUUUGUAUUUUAUAGUUUUUUUUUUUCCUGACAGUGUUCUCUCCCUUCAUAAAUAUGUCCAAAACAAAAAACACUAUUACUAACAGAAGAAUUAAUUUAUAUAGAAAAUCCGUUACUAAAUUUCUCCAGUUGGAUUUCUAAAUCAAGUUUUUGAUAAAGUUAGAUGCUUCUAAAACCUAAAGAGUUAUGAUCUUAACUGUUGUCAUAAUUUUCUUUUGAUGUAAUCAAAGCGUUAUCCCCACCCCCACUACCGUCACUGUUGUUUUUUUCCGAUAUGAUUUUGUUAUGAUUUUUAGUAAAAGCAUUCAUAUUUAUCUUUAUAUGGGAUUCUCUUCUGAAUUUAAUACAUAUUUCAAUGUUGAUUAUAUAUUUUUGCUUACAUGUGUAAUGGGCGAAUAUGUUUGUUGAAUUUAUAUUUUGUCUUAUUAAUUGUUCAAAAUUAUAUUUCUGCUAAAAACACUGCCUUCAAGUAAAACCCCAAAAUACCCUGAAGUAAUAAGGGCCCUGGUAUAACAAGAAAACACUUCUCUUAUGUUCUUUCAUUAUUGAAACCUAAACAUUGUUUUUAUUAUGAUCUUAGGAGCUGAACAUACCAUAAUAAUUAAAUUGAUGAAAUUUAGAAAUGUUUUGCAUAAAAUAAACAUUUGUUCGCCAGCAUAUCUCAACAUUUAUCAUCUCUAAUUUUUUAGCAGUUCAUAGUGCCAGACAACUACUUUGCCAUUGUUCUGAGAUUAGGUUCUAUCACACAUACAUACAUGGCUGUUUAACUACAGAGAUGUUUUAUUUUUUUGUUUCUUAAAAUUUUACAGUGAAAUUUGAAUAAGCUUUUGAAAAUUGGCAUAAAACACCACACUAACAGCUAAUAUAGUUUUGAUGCUAUUGUAUAAUAGAAAUAACUGUAUUUUUUUGUGAUGUCUAAAUUUCUUUUUUAAUAUCACAAAGUUUUGAGAACCUAAUGUUUAAUUCAUUCUUGUCUAAAAUUAUUCUUUCUUAAACUAGACUUCUUCAAUUGUCUGCAUUUAUGCACUUUUCGUUCAGUCGAAAUUUUCUCAUUUGUGCUGUACAAACAACAAGAACAAUAUUCAUGAUCAGUUAACUUAAUGGUGUGUUGUGUGUAUGUGUGUGUACAUGUGUGCAUAGUCCAGUACAGUGCAAUAAUAUACUGAAACUAGAUAAAUCAGGAAUGCAGUUUCAAGUCUUGCUAUUAGAAAUAGGAACCACAGCUCUUCAUCCAUAAAAAGUUAGAAGAAAAUGGUUGGUAAAAUAGAAAAAUAAUAAUCAGGUUAAGAUUAGUCAAGCUAUUUAAAAUUUUUAUUUCUAAAAUUUUAUCUGGUACUAAAUAUAUUUGUAUAACAUUGAACAUGUUAAUGUAUUGCAGGAAGUGAUCAGAGUGGUGGGUGUAGUGGAAUUGAAAUUUUUGGAAAACUAAAAGGUGUUUAAAAUUUGAACCCCCAAAUCUUUAUAUCAAUUUAAAUUGUUUUGAAUUACAGAUUUGAUUUUAGUUUAAUUUUAUUUGAUCCUAUUCUCAUUUUUGUUUUAUGAAAAACAGAUCCUAGUUUUAUCAUUUUGAAGUUUCUAAAUCUGACUCAUAGAUAUGAAAUAUGCCAAUGGGUGGUUAUUUGAGGUCAUAUGAUAAUCUUUGUUCAACGAAAUUUAACUUUAGAAAUUUUUGUAAAAUAUAAAAUGCUUGUGGACAUAGCAAAAGCUUGUCUCUAUCCAUCAAAUGUUUUGCAGUCCACAUAUUUUAGACACAACCUCUUGUGGCAUUGGUUUCUAAAAACCAAGUAUUUGUUCAACCCCAGGUCAGAUCUGAUUGGGCAGGUUUAUGUUCAUAGGUAUUUUAGUCGUGAUUAUUAUUAUUAUUGUUAUAAUUGUGCCGCACAAAAUGCUUAGUAGCAUUUUGUCCACGUUUACUUUCUGAGUUCAAAUUCUGCUGAGGUCAACUUUGCCUUUCAUCCUUUUAGGGUACCAGUGUAGUAUUGGGGUCAAUGUAAUUGAGUAGUCCUCACCACCAAAAUUACAGGUCUUUUGUAGAAAGGAUUAUUAUUAUCAUAUUUAUUCAGGUGGCAAUCUGGCAGAAUUGUUAGCAUGCUGCUCAAAAUGCUUAACAGCAUUUUUGCUCAUCUGUAUGUUCAGUGUUCAAAUUCUGUGAAGGUUGACUUUGCUUGUCAUCCUUUUGGGGGUCAAGAAAAUAGUAGUUGAAUAGUUGGUUGGCACUCCGUCAGUUACGAUGAUGAGGGUUCCAGUUGAUCCGAUAAGCAGAACAGCCUGCUCGUGAAAUUAAUGUGCAAAUGGCUGAGCACUCCAUAGACAUGUGUACCCUUAACGUACUUCUCGGGGAGAUUCAGCGUGACACAGAGUGUGACAAGGCUGGUCCUUUGAAAUACAGAAACAAGAAGUAAGAAUGAGAGAAAGUUGUGGUGAAAGAGUACAGCAGGGUUCGCCACCACCCCCUGCUGGAGCCUCGUGGAACUUUAGGUGUUUUCGCUCAAUAAACACUCACAACGCCCGGUCUGGGAAUCGAAACCGCGAUCCUGCGACCGAGAAUCCGCUGCCCUAACCACUGGGCCAUUGUGCCCCCACAGUUGAAUAGUAGGGUUGAUGAAAUCAACUAGCCUCCUGUCCCAAAUUUCAGGCUUGGUACCUGUAGUAGAAAGAAUUAUUAAGGUAGCAAGCUGGCAAAACUGUUAAUGCAAUGGGCAAAAUGCUAAACAGCAAUUUGUCCAUUUUAACAUUCUGAGUUCAAAUUCCACAGAGAUCAACUUUCCCUUUCAGAGUCAAAAUAAGUACCAGUUGUGCUCCAUCCAAUUGCAGGCUUUGUGCUUAUAAUAGAAAGGAUUAUUAUUAUUAUCCUAAACAAUAUUCUGUGUGUUGUUCCUUUUCUAAGAUAUUAGGGUGAUUUGUCUGCUAUUUCCAGUAGGUUGAGUUACCACAUAGAAGCUUUCUUAUAUGUUUUACAAAGUUAUGAAUGCUGUCCUUAUUCCCAGGCACAUUUUUGAAGAGAGACACUUUUACCCAAUGAAAGAGAAGUCAAACUCUUCUCCCUGUGAAUUAAAAAAAUAAAACUCCUCUCAGUUUUACAGUGUUCCUACUGUUGCUUACAUUAGUGGUUUAUAUAUCUAUAGGAUCUAGUCAAUUGCUUAACCUUGGACACAAUACAGCUUUAGUGACAGAUAUGCCCUUGGUCCUCUCAUCAGUUAUUCAUAAUCUCUAGAAAAAAUCUAAUUGUUUUUAGUUAGAGUUUCUGUUAUUCAUGAACUGUUGUUUAUAGAAUUUUUAAGAUGCUGUUUGAUUAUGAUAUAGGGUGUCAGUGAUAGUAUUUACAGUGCACUCCACAAACUGAGCUAUGUCUGGUCUAAAUUGUUCCCCAACUUGUUACUGCAUUCAAGACCUAUUUGUGUCAAAUUAAUGUUUCAUCAUUGUGAUAUCAACAAUUUUGUGGAAUUAAUUAUAACAAAACACUUGUAAAAAUACUCUCUAAUGAGCAUCACUAUCAUUCAUUUCAAUUAUUUACUCAAGAAGUUUGAUUUAAUAACUUUACUAUAUUGUUGUUUCUCUGAUUCCAAUCAGAUGAUUAUCAUUUGUGUUUUUUUUUUUAUAUGAAUCUCUCUCUCUCUCAUUUUAUUUAUUAUUUUUACACUUUAUUAUUGACUUUUUUUUUAUGUAUAUUGUAAUGGUGAACAAAUAUUAUUGAUUACAGGUUUCCAACACGCCAGUCACUAGUUCAUUAGCCACUAUUAAGUUGUACUGUUAUUGAAGCAAUUAAUAAGAUCUUUUGGAGCUUUGGAAAUUAUGUAAAUUAAAUGCAAAAAUGAAAUAUUCAUGCUUAAUGUCAGAAGACAAAACAUUCAGCUGCUGGUAAUAACAUCUACAAAUGGCAUAGUUGUAACAGUCUCCCUAUUCUUCAGUCAAAGUAGCAGAUAAGUCUUUUACUUUACCUAACCGUUUCACUGUUGGUUGAAGAUUAAAGCUGCAAAACAUCCAUCAUAUUAAAGUUUGGAAAAUCUCAGAUCGAUGAUAAUUAGAAACAUGACAAAAAUAGCCCCAAGUCUUUUAGUUUGUAAAAAAAAUUGAAUCUUCAUAGUUUUCAAUAAAUAUUUUUAGCUGCAGUAAUUAUUCCCCCUUACUUUAAGCCUUCACUGACAAUUGCUUUUCAUUUCUCAUAAAAUAAUCGAUUGUAAGGUUUUUAGCUAGGUUUGUUCAUUACUAGACUGUCUUCUUGAUAUGUAUAGUCAUUGUGUUUUUGAGGGCAAUUAUUAGCAAAGUUGAAAAGGUUAUUCUUAUAGAGAUAUGAUAAACAUGUUUCCAAAGGAAAGAAAGAUAGAUUGAAGAGUUUGAUGAGGAUAAAAAGCAAAGCUCAGAAAUGCAGUUUGAGAGUGAUAGAGACACUGUUGGAUUGUAGUGAUUGAAGGAGUGUUAGUACAUAGGGUCUGUACCUGACAGUGAAACAAGGUGAGGGGAUUUUGAGAGAAAUUGUACUGAAUAAGGUGUGUAGAGUUGGAAAACACACAACAAAUGUGAAGGUAUUUUUUAGCAGGAGUUGUUGGUAGGAAUAUCUUGGUCGAAGAGUGAAUGGUAGAAGGGUUCUGUAAAAUUAUCAGAAUAUUUUGGCAAGGAAUCUGAAGGUUCUACUGCAAUUUAGAAAGUUAAAAAGCUUGCAGUCCAAGCAACGUACAAAAAGAUACAUUCUUUGCUUCUCUGAUAGCAAGUGUGGUGGCGGAUAACUAAGUCUAAGAUUGUAGUCACUGGUCUUUGCCUGUAUGGUUUACUUACAGCUGUGUGUAAACUAUUUGUGGGGUUUAACUUUUGGUUGUGUGAAUAAUAGACAUAAGAGAAUUGUUUCAGUUACCUUAGAUGGACAAGGGUGAAACAGAUUUGCUGCCAGGGAUAAUUGGAGUAGAAGAGGUAGAGCUUGACCAGUUAUCUGACUUGAAAUUCUUAUUGAAUGCUGUUCAGAAGAUUAUAUUUGAUGAAUAUUUCUUUAAUGCAUAUAAUACCAUCAUCAAGGUCCUCAUUUAUUUUAGUAAUUUAUUGCUGUAUUAAAUCUGAAACUUGUUCUAAUAGUAUCAAUUUGCAUGAGAUAGGCUGUAUAUUUCUUAAUAUAAAUAUCUAUAUAUAUAUAUAUAUAUAUAUAUGUCAUGGUGCGUCUGAUUCUGUAUGCAUUCAAUAUCAAUUCCAUAUAAAUAUUCAUCAAUAUUAAAAAAUGAGAACACACACACACACACACACAAAACCAUCAUUGUAAUCAUCAUUUAUAUUUGUAUUUUUUAAAGUGUUUUCUAUUGGGAAAAUAUAAACUGUUUCUUUGUUCUGUUGUUUUCUAUGUAUUUGUAUGAUUUGUUAAUACUUUGUUCUAUGGUCACAUUAAUGUACAUAUAUAGUUCUGGGAUAAAUGGAGCUCUA